AUGAACAUACACAAAACAAUUCAAUGGAGUAAAACCAAGAUAUUUUUCACCGUAUUUGCAUUUAUAUUUUGCAUUUGUGCUGUGUUCCUAAGCUUGCUCCCGGCCUUUGAAGGAACCAUGUCUCUAUCCAACGUGUUUACUCUCCUUAUAGGCGCGCUUCAUGCGACCAAAAUGAUUGAAUUCAUAUUCAUUGCAACUGGCGGGCAGUGGUUUACGUGGCUGAUAGGCGUAUACCUUCUAAAUCUAGUUGGUCUUAUUGCCUUCAACUAUGAUGACUUCAUGCAGGCCCUGAAAGAGCUGUCUUCUGCGCCCGCUGAAAGCUAA